AACGCGUGCAUCAAGAACGUCCUUACUUCAUCACUAGCGCCGCGGAAUUACGUCUUACGCCACGUCCUGCGGCCUGAAUGAAGAGUAGGAUCCGCGGCCUGUAGUGAUUACUGGUACCGGUAUCAGAGCCUCACGAAGCGGCCACAAAUAAAAAAAAAUGAGUAAGAGGAAGGCACCCCAGGAGAGCCUGAAUGAGGGAAUAACGGACUUCCUCACAGAACUGGCUAAUUAUGAACGGAAUGUCAAUAGAGCCAUCCAUAAGUACAAUGCCUACAGGAAAGCUGCCUCUGUGAUUUCAAAGUACCCCACAAAAAUCAAGAAUGGAACAGAGGCAAAAAAAUUGGAUGGUGUUGGAGCCAAAAUAGCAGAGAAGAUAGAUGAGUUUUUGUCUACAGGAAAAUUGCGCAAAAUUGAAAAGAUUCGACAAGAUGACACAAGCUCUUCUAUCAAUUUCCUCACAAGGGUUACUGGAAUCGGGCCGGCAGCUGCUCGCAAAUUAGUAGAAGAAGGAAUAAAGACUUUAGAUGAUCUAAGGAACAAUGAACAUAAAUUAAAUCAUCAUCAACGGAUUGGUUUAAAAUACUUUGACGAUUUUGAGAUGCGGAUUCCCAGAGACGAAAUGCUUAAGAUGCAGGAAAUUGUUAUUGAAAAACUAAAUAUUCUGGAUUCGGAUUACAUCGGCACAGUAUGUGGUAGCUUCAGAAGAGGUGCAGAAUCUAGUGGGGAUAUGGAUGUUCUCCUCACUCAUCCUGACUUCACCUCAGAGUCUACAAAACAGCCACGCCUCUUACACCAGGUAGUGCAGAGUCUGGAAGACUGCAAAUUUAUCACCGACACGCUAGUGAAGGGAGACGCUAAAUUCAUGGGUGUGUGCCAGCUACCAUCUGAGGGAGGCAAACAGUUCCCCUUUCGGAGACUUGAUAUAAGGCUCAUCCCCAAGGACCAGUAUUACUGCGGAGUUCUGUACUUCACUGGCAGUGAUAUCUUCAACAAGAACAUGCGUACCCAUGCUUUGGAAAAAGGAUUUACCCUGAAUGAGUACACGCUGAGGCCUCUGGGAAUCACAGGAAUAGCUGGUGAGCCCCUCCCAAUAGACAGUGAGAAGGACAUUUUUGACUACAUCCAGUAUAAAUAUCGUGAGCCAAAAGAACGGAGUGAGUGAGAAGAGAUGAUCCGUCUUCAUUACAAGCUACAGUGUUAUCCAUCCAUGGCCACGUCCAGAGGGAGCCUCACCAAGUCAUGGAUGAUCGACAGAAUAUGAGAUACUGUGUACAAUGUGUGUGUGUGUGUGUGUGUAGGUUGUGAGUGUUCUGGAUAAAUAGUAAUGUAGUAGAAACUCGGAUAAUCAAGAUGUAGCUAAACUGUUUACAUAUGAAUUUUAUUUAAAGGUCAUUUUUUUUAUUUAGAAAUUUCUCAGCAUUGCGCAUUUUGACCUGUUUUUAGUUCUAAGUGGAAAACACUUUCUGCCAAAGGAAGAUUUUUUUUUUAAGAGAUGGUGACCUUGCCCAUUGAUGCAUUUCUGGCCACUUUUUCCUCUGCCACUGCAUCAUGCAAGGUCGUCACAGGCUCCUCAUACCUGGAUGUAUUGGGGAAUUUGCAGUGUUGUGAUGGAAAAUGUUUAAUUCAGUAAGUGUAUCUGGGGCUUGAAUGGGAAAAGUGAGUCUCUUCAAAGGAUAAGGUGCAGUUUUAGCUUAAAAGAAAGUAGCCUAAUUUAUUAAGUUACAUGAGGGUGACCAAACCUCAGAUGCAGACAUCACUGUGUGUUCAUGGUAAUAUGCGUAGCGACCAGAGCCACAUUGGCUGCAUUUUUUUUUUUUAUAUAUAUAUAUUUUAAAAACCAUGGCUAGUGGUGAGGCAGAUGGUACUUAUAACGUUUGUCAGCGUAAAAAUACCACUGACCCAAACUUGCAUUUUGGAUAAUGAUUACUGAUAAAGCAGAACUGCAGGCAUAGGCAUUUUUUUUAUUUGGGGUAUGUAAACAUUAGUUGCCUCUUCUGAGGUGCAUCCCUUGUAUACAUGUCUGUAUAAUACACAGUGCUUUGUGAAAUUGCCAAGGGAAAAAGUAUAUAAACAACACUAACCCUUCUAUGUAUGAGAGCUACAGUGGCUGGAAGUAAAACAAGUUGUACUAUAAAUAAAAAAUCAAGCACAAA